GCCGAGCAGAACACACGCCCUGGGAGAACCUCAGAGGCACUCACGCACUGCUCCUUCCGCCGCGAACGCUCUCAGCACCGCGCGCUGCCGCAGCUGUGUGUAUCGAGACCAAGUCGAGUACUGGCACUGUUCCCAGUAUUCAGCUCGACCUAAAUGUGUAGACAACGUCGACCUCCUUCCAAGUGUUUGACUUUUGUGGCAUUGCUUCGUUACGAAAACUGAUUCAGCAAGUGUGAUCAAGCGCGUUUCGGGCACGUGAACUUGUCCGUCCAAAAGUGUCUUAAUACUGAUAUUGUCGAAGGUGAACGAACAGUUAGCCAGGCGAGUGUGCGGGGCGGAGACUGAUGUUACUCGAGCGUGGAGUCACACAUUUAUCUAGGUGUCAAGACUCGACCGCUUCGAGAACCACUGUCAUGUUCCCUCCGCUCGCAGCUAAGUGGGAUUAACGCCAUAGUCAGUGAAAGUGCGAGAUCGGCCGUGCACAAGCUCUGCAUACCAACGGAAACUCCCUCGCGGGUGACUGAAGGUUGAGGCGACGCUGAGAGAAGGAACAGAAGCAUACCCCGUCGCCCUUACCUACCCACAUACAAACACACAUACUUACAUACCUACACACACAUACGACACAAUGACAAAAACAAGCACCUUAUCAUAAGAGGACAGGGGCUGAAGAAGAAGAAGAAAAAAAGUUGUUCCCAGAAGCAACGCCAUCCAGUUGUAAACACACCCCAUCGCCGCCGAAGGUGUCACCCAGAGGCUUAAGAACACAGUCAACGGACGCCGCGCUUGGCCAAACGAGUCGUGGGUCGUCGGCAGGUUGGAAAUAUGGACGCAAAAACGGGUGAAGGCGUGGUGAUGGUGUCGCUGGGCGUGGAGGGCGUGGCGGCUUGGGCAGUCAGCAUCGCCGUGACGGUCGUCCUCGUCGUGGUGUUCCUCGUCUCCACCGUCUUCAACACCGUCGUCCUCGUCAUCUUCUUCAGGAGGCCUUCCCUCAGGAGCGUGUCGAACAGAUUCAUCAUGAGCCUGACGGUGUGCAACCUGCUGGCGUCGUGGCUCCUCCUGCCCUUGGUGGUGGCCGACACCUUUCACGUCGGUUGGGAGUCGGUGGCUCUGUGCCGCGCCAUGGACGCCGUGUCGGAGCUGGUGGCGUCGGCGUCCGUGUUCGCCACGCUCCUUAUCGCCGUCGACAGGUUCUGCGCCAUCACGGACCCGCUCCACUACCACAUGCUGGUCACGCGGCCCAAGAGCGUCGCCAUGAUCGCCGGCGGGUGGGUCCUCGCCGCGCUCAUCGCCGUCGCCGCGGGUUUCGGCGAGCUCUCCGGAAGGGCGUGGAAUGUUUGCGGAUCGAUGCCUCCCAAAGAAGACAUCUGGACCUUCCGCUCCUACUUCGUCCUGAUCAACAUGGUGGUAUCCUUCGUAGGGCCGAUGCACCUCCUGAUCUGGAUCUACGUCAGGAUCUACCACGCGGCGCACAAGAACAGCGAGAGGGCGCGCAGGAACUCCCUCUGCGGCGCCACCCUCGAUGCCGUCGGCCCUCCGAGAGCUCCCUCGAGGACUCCUUCGACGCGCUCUACCUCCUCCCAGAUCGUCACGACUCUCCGUCACCGCAUCAGCAACGCGUCGCUCUUCUUGCACAAGGAAGAGUCCCGCGCCGCCAAGAUCUCGGUGGUUGUGAUUGUGCUUUUCUUCGUGUGUUGGAUGCCCUACUACGCGUCCGCCAUCUUGCACACGCCGCUUGUGCAGCCCCUGUGGGUGCCGAACGUGGUGCAUAAUGUGGCCAUGAUCCUCGUGCUGAGCAACUCCGCAAUCUCGCCCUACGUGUACCUGUACCGCUCCAGGAGGAUCCAGCGCGAGGUUCGGCGCCUCCUGGGACUGCCCCUCAGCGCCGGCAAGUCCCCCGGAGGCUCCAGUCGGCGCGGACGCCCUCUGCUGCACCUCCAGCUCGAGAUGAUUCCCCCGUCGCCCACCGUGCCCGACGGCUACUUCGACCGAGCCCUCGACCCCUACGUCCUCCCCUGCAAGGACCAGCGGGCAGCUCCUCAGUCUCCGCUCCAGGCGAUACUGAACAAGUUUUUUCGUGCGGUCGGUUUCGCUUGGGAGCCAUGGCGAGACUCCAUUACCUCCAACUCGUCUGCUUCUACAGCCACUUCCAAUUCGAGCUCCACCACUGCCUCGGGUUCUACCGAAUGCUCCUCUGCCGAGAGUGAGAGCAUGCUGCCCAAAGUGGUGGCGGCGAAGUCGGACUCCUGACGCAAUGGGCCUCGCCCCAGCCCAGGUUGGCGGAGACCCAGCCCCCACCACCUCCUUGAGCGCGACGCCAAGUAUAGAAAGUAUAAGUUCCGCGCCAAACCGCCCACCGGCCGACCCAGAGAGCCUCCAGGCUCAGGAGGAGACCUGCCUUCAACAGACGCCACCAACACCAUAACCUGCAGCACCGUUAACGCCGCACAAGACCUCGCCUCCGUUCCAGAGUGUGUUUCCUCCCCGCCAGCAGCCAACCCCGCAACGGAAAGCCUGGCGAGAAUCACAGAGAACGCGUCCGACAGAAGUCCUCUCCCAGAAGACGCCAAACAAAGCAAGACGCCGGCAAGUGAUUCACUGGCCUAGACAUCAAACUGACAGGGAACCCCUUGUAACGAGGGCUCUUCUCGUAGGUUGGUCUCCCUCUCCUUGCGACCAAAGCUGGCGUCAAACUCCCUGGGGAACUCCUUGGUGCUGCAACGAAGGUCCUCCUCGUUGGUUGGUCUUCCUCACUCUUGAGACCAAAGUUGAGGCUGUUCCUGUUGAAGGGACGCCUCUUCAACUCCUUUUCAGAGGCAUGAAUCCGUGACCUGACUCAGUGUGCCCACUACGUAGGAUUAGUUGAAGAUACCGAGUCAUUUAGUUUUAGUGUUAAUUUUAUUCAUAUCCUCAUGAAAUGCGACCUAUACGCUAGACGUUGUAAAUGUUCUCUCUUUUGAACUUUGCUGCAUAAAGUUCAUAAUGCUGUGUAUAUAUUUAUGUGUGUAGAUAUAUGUAUGCUUGUAUAUGUAUGUGAAUAUAUAUAUAUAUAUAUAUAUAUAUAUAUAUAUAUAUAUAUAUAUAUAUAUAUAUAUAUAUAUAUAUAUAAUUAUGUAUGUAUGUAUGUAAGCCAGGGUGUUACCAGGGGCAUGAACGGGGGUAUUACCCUUGGACGUGGCAUCGUUAAUGCUCAACCUUUGUGAUUAUUAAGUUAUGACAUUAUUUAUGUAUCCAUGUCAUGGUGCGACGACCGGACUGGCAAUUUUACUACUACUGCUGCUCCAAGGUCGUAGUGGUGUAGGAAUCAUGGACGCCUUCCCGUAAAGUCGCACCUGUUGACGUACGAAGAGGCAGCUUUUGGGAGUCGCUUAGACACUGAAGCUGUUUAACAUCUUCGAUAUAAAUCCGGGUCGUCCACCAGACAAGUCAUUUCCAAUGUUCUCUCAGUAGUUCACAAAGUAUUGUUUAUAUAUCCUCGCUACAAAGUCAACUAAUUGUAUAUAAAUUUCUAUAUUUCAUGUUCUCAUAUUUUAUGACUCUGACCUAAUUAUGUAUAGUCGAUAAAAAAAAACAACAACGGGAUGUGAGGCUAAAUUACAGUCCAGUUUAAGAAAAAAAAAAGUAAAUCAGUCAAACGGAGGCGCUCUUUGCCAGCACCUCAAGAUUUGCUUCACUGUUGCAUCAAAUUACGUAAUUUUGUUUAACAUCCCGGACAUCUCACUGCCUCUAAAAUGCGGAGCUCUGCUGCUCUGAGUCGUUCAGUCAUUACAAACAUGUCAGUAAUGCAAACUAUGUUACCUGUUUUUUUGUUUUUUUUGAGCUGUCAAGGGAAAGAAAAGGGUCUGAUUGGAUGAACGUGAGAGAAUGAAAGAUAAUGAGAGAGAAUGAGUACAAAACAGGAGAAAUAAAAAAUACAAAGCGAUAGAGAAUGAAUGAAAGAGAAUAUGAGAGAAGGGAUAAAAAAAAAUAAAUAAAUCGAUCAUUACUCUGACGGAUCGCCCCUUCUGUGAAAAAAGUGAAGCAUGAAAGCCGUGUGUUUCUGGUCCCGAACUUCCCUGUGGCGGAGUGAUGGUCGCGUCUCCCGCCUGAUCUCGGUGUAAACUGAACCCAAAGUUUCUUAUUUGUUCAAUAAAGUGCUUUACAU